UUUCAAUGUAAUCCUGUAUGCCUAACCAGUCGGUCCGACAUGGCGACGGUGAAGAAGCCUCGUAGCGGCACAAUCAAUUUCUAAAAUUACCAAAUCAGUUACAACAGGAAUUGCAAGGGGAAACAACUCCAACAAUCCCCUGGAAAUUGCAUACGUACAACAUCGGCAGAUUUUAAACAAAGGGAGCGAGUCUGCAGGAGGGAAGAUGGUGGAGCCGGAGCCGAGACCGACAGCGGGCCACAGGCUGGGCGCUCAGGAGAGCCUGGGGAUCAGCACCCUGGACCCGGGGCACAGGCCCCCCGCCAUGCCCCCAGGACGGCACAUGCCCAUCAGGGUCCGCAUGCUGGACGACACGGAGGAGGUCUUUGAAGUCUCGCAACGAGCCCCAGGGAAGGUGCUGUUCGACCUUGUGUGUGCCCACCUGAACCUCGUUGAGGGUGACUACUUUGGCCUGGAGUUUCAGGACCACCGCAAGAUGUCUGUCUGGUUGGAUCUGUUAAAGCCCACCGUGAAGCAGAUAAGAAGGCCCAAGCACACGGUCCUGCGGUUCGUGGUGAAGUUCUUCCCCCCAGACCACGCCCAGCUCCUGGAGGAGCUGACCAGGUACCUCUUCGCCCUUCAGAUAAAGCAGGACCUGGCCUGUGGACGCCUGACCUGUAACGACAGCAGCGCUGCUCUCAUGGUCUCCCACAUCGUCCAGUCUGAGAUUGGGGACUUUGAUGAGGCCCAGACCAGGCAGCACCUCCUGACCAACAAGUACAUUCCUGACCAGGAGGCUCUGAUGGACAAGAUCAUGGAGUUCCACCGCAAGCACGUAGGGCAGACGCCAGCGGAGUCAGACUACCAGCUGCUGGAGGUCGCCCGCAGACUAGAGAUGUACGGCAUUCGGCUCCACCCAGCGAAGGACAGAGAGGGCACCAAGCUGAACCUGGCUGUGGCCCACACCGGCGUCCUGGUCUUUCAGGGGCACAUGAAGAUCAAUGCCUUCAACUGGUCCAAAGUGCGCAAACUGAGCUUCAAGAGGAAGCGCUUCCUCAUCAAACUGAGACCAGACCUGAAUCAGAGUGCAUACCAGGACACCCUGGAGUUCCUGAUGGGCAGCCGGGACUGCUGCAAGGUCUUCUGGAAGAUCUGCGUGGAGUACCAUGCCUUCUUCCGCCUCUACGAGGAACCCAAGCCCAAACCCAAGCCUGUCCUUUUCACCAGGGGAUCCUCCUUCAGAUUCAGCGGACGCACGCAGAAGCAGGUGAUCGAUUACGUCAAGGACUCUGAGUUCAAAAAGAUCCCUUUUGAAAGGAAGCACAGCAAGGUCCAGUCCAACAGCAGCAUGUCUCCGAUGCCUUCCCAGCAGCGGUCCGAAGUGCCAAAAGAACAGAGCAUGAGCUGCGCUUCCGGGGACAGGCCGGACUCCACGAGCCGACCCAGCUGGAGAGAAGCUGCGUCCGCAAGAGCAGAGGACCCUGCCGGCAAGCUGGCAAGCCCCUCCGCCCUGCUCAACGGGCAUGAGGACAGGCCGGGCCCCAGGGAGGACGAGGCGAGAGGCCAGCCAUCCCCAGCCAGGCAGCACGCCGACCAUCUGAGCACAGGAGCUGUAACAAACAGUCCUCGGCUCUCGGACUCCUCUGGUCACUCUCAGGGCAUGGUCAACGGUCAGAAGCAUGGCCUGGUCCCCGGUCAGAGCCCGGAUGGGCGGCAGCCCUCCCCCCUCACCAGCCCGCUGCUGAACGACGCGGGCUACGUACGCACGGACGACGAGGACGAGGUUCGGAGGAAGAGGUUCCCAACCGACAAGGCCUACUUCAUCGCAAAGGAGCUGCUGACCACCGAGAGGACAUACCUGAAGGACCUGGAGGUUAUUACUGUGGCUUUCCAGGACGCGGUGGGGAAAGAUGAAGCCAUGCCAGAGUCUCUCAGGAAUGUCAUAUGCUCCAACUUUGACCCCCUGUACAAGUUCCACUCAGGUUUCCUGAGGGAGGUGGAGCAGAGGCUGGCUCUGUGGGAAGGCCGCUCCAAUGCUCACAUUAAAGGAGACUACCAGCGCAUUGGGGACGUUAUGCUUAACAACGUCCAGGGCAUUAAGCAGCUGACGGCCCACCUGCAGAAGCACUCGGAGGUGCUGAUGGAGCUGGAGAAGGCCUGCCGGGCGUCGCGCAAGCUGGACGCGCUAUGCCGGGACUUCGAGCUGCAGAAGGCGUGCUACCUGCCCCUCAACAUCUUCCUGCUGCGGCCGCUGCACCGCCUCAUGCACUACAAGCAGAUCCUGGAGAGGCUGUGCAAGCACUACCCGGCCACGCACGCCGACUUCAGGGACUCCAGAGCCGCUCUUGCAGAUGUAUCCGAGAUAGUUGCCCAGCUCCAUGGCCCCAUGAUCAAAAUGGAGAACUUCCAGAAGCUACUGGAGCUGAAGAAGGACUUGGUCGGGAUCGACAAUCUGGCCAUUCCAGGAAGGGAGUUCAUCAGGUUAGGCUGUCUCAGCAAGCUCUCUGGAAAGGGCCUCCAACAGCGAAUGUUUUUCCUAUUUAAUGACAUCCUGUUGUACACAAGUCGAGGGAUGACAGCCACCAAUCAGUUCAAAGUUCACGGUCAGCUCCCUCUCUACGGUAUGAAGAUCAGAGAGAGCGAGGAUGAGUGGGGAGUGCCUUACUCCUUCACCCUGUCUGGGCAGCGGCAGUCCGUGGUGGUGGCAGCAAGCUCUCUGUUGGAGAUGGAGAAGUGGAUGGAAGAUAUCAGGAUGGCCAUUAGCCUGGCUGAGAAGUGCAAUGGGCCUUCCUCAGCCCAGCUGGUUGGCAGUGUUUCAGAUAGCAAAUCCCCUGGGGACAUGACUGUGGACCAGGAGUCAGAGGAUGACCUAAGCGCUUCCCGCACCUCUCUGGAGAGACAGGCGCCUCACCGUGGCAACACCACAGUGCAUGUGUGCUGGCACAGGAACACCAGCGUGUCCAUGGUUGACUUCAGUAUAGCCGUGGAGAAUCAGCUGUCAGGCAACCUGCUGAGGAAGUUCAAGAACAGUAACGGCUGGCAGAAGCUGUGGGUGGUCUUCACAAACUUCAGCCUGUUCUUCUACAAGUCACACCAGGAUGACUACCCCCUCGCCAGCCUUCCCCUGCUGGGCUACUCCGUCACUGUCCCCUCCGAGUCGGAGAACAUCCACAAAGACUACGUCUUCAAACUGCAUUUCAAAUCCCACGUCUAUUACUUCAGAUCAGAGAGCGAGUAUACCUUCGAGAGGUGGAUGGAGGUCAUCCGCAGUGCCACCACCUCCACCAGCCGUUCCCACAUCCUGAACCGGAAAGAGUCGCAGCCCUACUGAUGGAAAGAUGCAUCUUGUGUACCCGCUGGCCCCUCCUACCUCCCCACCCUCACUUCUGUGCAAACCCCGCCUCCUUUUGAUGUCACUCCCCCAUGCAGCCAGCUGGGCAGUUGUGUAGCAUUCCAUCUGACCGUUUCGGGUUUGAUCAGGUUUUUUGGUUUUAAACACAGGCAGGGCAUUCAUUCAUACACCAGUGUCCAGGCCUUAUGGGUGCUCUCUUAUGCUUUAAAGUUCACAUAUCUGUUGGUUAAGACUGCAUCAGACUGCUUUGUCUGCAUUUUUACUGGACUUCAGACCUUUUUUGUAGGAUGUCAUUUUAUACGUUUUUAAAAUGCCAU